GAUAUGACGUAGAAACAAAAAACGGUCGUGUUUGUUUCACGAGAAGGCGUUUUAUCGAUGAUAUUCCCAACAAUGGAGCAUUCUGCUGUUUCUUUCUGUUCUUUUUUAGUAUGACUAAGCUUUUAUUUCACAUUUUAACGGACCGAGCGGGUCGGAAUGGUUGAGUCGGCCCAAAAGAAAGACAGUCUUAUCUUCUCCUAAAACGAAUUAGCCCUGUUAACAGUCAGUGUCGGUUUUGGAAAAAAAUGUCCGUUAGCACAUCUGGGGGAAAUGAAGCGGAAAGUGUCGAGAUUGAGACUGAGUCCAAACGAAGAGGCUCGUAUAAUCCGAGAGGAACUUGAAAGGAGGAGAAAACUCCGAAUACAACAGGUGCGGGAGCAGCAGAGGCAAAUCGCGCUGCAGAUCCGCCGGGAGGUGGAGCAAAGGCGGCAGCAUGAGCUACGGCAACUGGAGGAGCAGCUGAGGGAGGACUGGGAGAGAAGGCAGAGGGAGAAGCUCCAAACGCUGCAGAGCUUGUAUGAAGAGAGCCUCAAGCUUCUGGGUCAGAGCCACAGGAGUGCCAAAGAAAAUGAGCCUGAUCCUGCGGCUGUUGCUCGGCAGGCGGAGGAGAACCAUGCCAAAGCAGAGGAGCGGUACCGGGAAGCUCUGAAGGAGCUCAAAUUCCAUAAGAUUAAAGAGCAGCAGAGACAACAACAAUCCAUCAAUGCCAGGAGGAACGCGCUGCAGAUAGAAAAGGAGCGCUCGGCUAAAGUGGCCAGCCUCCCACCGCCGCCUCCUAAUCCCAUCCAGCAGAUCGAUGCUAAGAAGCCACAGCUUGUAAAGAGAUCAGAUCUGAAUGUCUUUGCUGCCACACGUUACCACAUGCCCGAGACCGCCGUGGAGAAGGAGCCAGAGGCGGUGCAGCCUGAUGCCAGACAGGAAGCUGAGCUGGAAGCCAGGAGACUUCAGGACCUGCAGAGGGAGGAGAAGAGGAGGAGAGAGGAGCAGCUGGAGAAGGCUCGUCUGAGGGGAAGGGAGGCUCUGAGGAGGGAGAAGCUGGCUCAGGACCGGGAGCGUUUGCUGGUUGAGCUGGAGCACAUGCAGCAGACAGACCUGCUGAGGAGGAGGCAACAGGCGGCUCAGAUGCCACAGCAGAUCUUUCAGCCUCUCAACCAGAGGCGGGAGACCAGGGAGGACUUCCAGAGGGAGAUGGAGUUUGCCUUUGAGGACAUGUACACCGGAGAGAGACGGGUUAAAGGGGACCUGGUGGUCCAGUUGUUACCUGAACCUCUUCCAGCGUUGUCCCCCAGCAGCCAGGACCAGGACCUGGAUGUCACUUUGGAUGAGAAUGUGGAACCUCAAGCAGAAAACAUUCAGAAUGACUCUGAGGGUGGAGUCAGAAGCAGUGAGCAGGAGACGUCAGCUGAAGUGGAAGCUGAAAAACCUCCUCCCAGACGGGCGCUGAGGAAACUCCUGGAUCGGAUCCGGAGUCAAAGGAACGACUGGAUCAACAGCAACAGUCACAGUCCUGCAGAAGAUUCACCCACCUGCUUCACAGACCUGAUCCCAGAGAAGGACACCACCAUCGAAUCUGGAUCUCUGUCCAAUGAGCCGGACAGACGGACCCCUGUCCAGCUCUGUGAGCCCACCGUCCAUACUCCGGCUGUGGAACGAGCAGAACCUCCACCUGCAGCAGGAAAUUCCCCUCCAGAUGUUUUUCUCAGCCAACUCAAGCAAGCUGAGGAAGAACGGAAGAAGAGGGAAGCUGAGCUGGAGAGCGAGAAACAGCAGCAGCUUGUUCUGCUUCAGGAGCUGGAAGAGCAAAAAGCCAAGCUGGAGCAGAUGCUGCAGGAGGCCCAGCAGGAGAGGGAGCAGCUGAAGGCUGCGGCCACCCAGGAGGCUCUCCACCUACGGCCACAAGGUCCAGGUCCAGACCCGGACCAGAACCCCACCCGUGCAGCAGGAUUCCCUGCAGCUGAAGAUGAGUCUACCAGGAGGGUCCGAGAAUAUCAGCGCCGCCUGUUGGACCAGAACAGGAUUCACCAGAGAUCAGUGGAAGUGGCUCGGCAGCGCUUGGAGGAAUACCAGCGAGCUCUGCGGAUCCGCCACAACAUGACCGCCGCCUUGCUGCGGCCUCCUGUUCACCCUGCAGGCCUUGUUCACCAAGAGCCGGAACAUUUUUCAGCUCUUCAUGUCCCUUUUACGCCUCCGUCAGAGGAUCCAAAAACCUCUGUGGACUUGUCUGCUCCACCUCCUGCUUCCAGCGGCUCUGUUGGCUCCACUACUAACCCACCCAGUACAGAGGGAGCAGAUGUUACAGCUCAGCUCACCCACAGCAUCCUGGAGAGAGUUACAAAGCACCUGCCGGAGAGACUGAGACCCUCCUCUGACCCCACAGAGCUCAGCGCACACAGAUCAACCUCUGGUCUGACCCGAACCACAGGUUCCAGAAUCCCAGAUGGUUUAUCUCUGGAACCCAGACGGCAGGUUCUGAGCUCCAGAGAGGAAGACCUGGACUGGAGGAGACGGGAGCUGGAGGAGAAGCUCCAUGAGGAGGAGAUGCGAAGAGCAGAGGUGGAGCUGGAGCAUAUGAGGAGGCAGAAGGAGACGCUACAGAAUCUGAUUGAUGAUGAUGAGGAUGAAAGUGUUUCUGCUGCUGCCAGCGAAGGUUUGGAGCCUGAGAACAUCAGGCAGAGAAGACUGGAGCUGCUGGCCUCCCUGCUGAGAGCCAUGGAGGACUCCAAUGGAGGAACUUUAUCGCACUUGGAGGAGCCUGAAGAUGGACGACAUGCCCAGUCUGCGCCUGGAGUCAGAGUGGUUUCAGGCGUCCUUCCAGCAGAACCUUCUGGGUUCAUCCAUCCUCCGCGGACCCAGAGGCCUCCUGUGACUCGGGUCAGGCUGGGUUCAAAGGUGCUGCCCAGCCAACAUGAGCUCAGCGCCAUCCAAGAGGUGGAGACUCCAGUCAACACGAGUCGGGUUCCAGACCCAGAAGACGACGGUCCUUCACACCCAGCGGACUUUGAUGGUUCUGGAUCAGAGGCAGCUUCUAACAGAACUCUGCAGUCACAGAGUUUCUCCAGCUCUGGACCCGGUUCUGCUGAGAAACGGGUCGGCUCCAGCCAUCUUCCCUGGGGUGAGCGCCUGCUGUCCGGGCCGGGAACGUCUCCAGAUUGCUUCGAUUCGGUCAUGAAGGCGACCUCGCCGUUUGGUUCUGAUUCUGGGCGAGGAGCCGACUUUUCCGGUCUGGAGGUUCUGAGCAGCAGAUCCUCCUCAGAGUCUGCUGGUAGGCCGGCUGGAUCUGCCUGCCUCUCCUCCACCACGAUCUCCAGCGGCAGCUACGUCUCCACCGACCCUGAGCCGAAUGUGAAGGCUGGCAGACCGCAGCCCAUCAGUGGACCGGCUUCAGGCGACGUCUCCUCUCCGUGCUCUCAGACUCCUAAGAUGAAGGAAAACUCGGCUCCAAGCCCUCCUGGUCUGUCUGUCGACUCUGUGUUUAAUGAAAGCUGCAUCCAGCGCAUCAUCGACAGAUACACCAGAGAGCUGAACAUUUCCCUCGGUGCUGCAGGGACAGCAGACAGCGAAGGUGCGGCUCUGGAGGAGUCCAGCUCCUCGGUUGCUCAGCAGGCCUCUGUUGGGUCGUCAGGGAUGAGGAUGGAGGAAGAGAACUCAACCGGUGGUCAGGGUGGCCCGGUGGACGCCGCAGCAGCUUCCAGCCACUUCCAGACGAUGACUCCGGGCCUUCCCACCCUGCAGCCUUUCUCUCCUGAUGACUCGUCCCUGAAUGCGGAUCCGGAUCAGAACUCCUUCCGACCUUUACGUGUCCACAUGGCCGACCAGUCGUCUUGUCUUGCUUCAGAGGAGAGACACUCUGUUCUGGAGCAGCUGGUGGGUCAGCCGUCAGCUCACUCGUCGAUGAUCGGGCCCCCGCCCGGGCCACCAUCCGAUCCGAGUGCAUGGGACUCUACUCUGAACCGGAUGAUUGGUCGUCUGACUCAACAGUCCGGCUCUCAUUGGCUGAGCCCCGGACAGGACGUCUGUGCUGGACAUCAGACAUCGGAACCGUUGUGGUUGGAUGAGUUUCAGGAAAGCCCGAUGAGAGCGCUGGUCAGGGAGCUGGACUAUUCAGCUGAUCCGCACACUGGAAGCUCAGCAGAAAGCAGUUCAGAGGAUCAUGGAGUUUCCUCUGAAUCCAGAGAAACGUCCCAGACGGCGCCUCCUGAAGCUCAAAGCCAUUCGGUCCCAAACGCCAGUCAUCGGCUUGAGGAGGUGCAGAACGGACCCGAUUUUAUCGAGCUGGACUCUCACAGGGCUGAAGAUUCGUUCCACCCGCUGCUGCCAGAAAUCACUCACAACGAAACAGCCGACCCCUCCAUGACCUUCCAACUACCACAACACAACAUGUCGGACACCUCUGACAGGAGCCCAGCUGGUGAAGGGCCCGGUGGGUCCACCUCCUCUGUACGGGGGGAUCCCCGUCCUGAGCAGCUCCGAACGGAGGAGCCAAACUACUGCAGAGAAUUACAGGAAUCCUUCUCCCAGCUGGUCCUCUCAGAGUGUCUCCCACAGGAGUCCAUUCACAUGAUGUCCCCCCAUCCGAGGACCGGUUACUCUGUCCCGUCAAACAUCAGCACUUUAGAGGCAGGAGCGUCCAAAGAGCACAAAGAUUCAGUCCCAGUCGUCGAUCAUCAGUCAGAGAUGAAGGCUGAUCCUGAUGAGAAGCACAAGCAUUUCUCUGCUUCAGAGGCGACUUCAUGCGACGUUUUCGUCAACAUGUUGAUCAGUUUGGUUUUUGAUUUAACGUCAUAA